CAAAGAAAAACAAAGAAACAUUUAUCUUUACAAAAUUUCUUUUAAGAAAAAAAAUGGCAAGCAUGAAGGUAGCAUGUAUUGUUUUGAUGAUGUGCAUGAUUGUUGCACCUAUGGCAGAUGCUGCAAUCUCAUGUGGAACAGUAACUAGUGCUCUUGGUCCAUGCAUUGGAUAUCUUAAAGGUGGUCCUGGUCCAUCUCCAGCAUGCUGUGGUGGAGUCAAGAGACUUAACGGUGCCGCCGCCACCACACCUGACCGUCAGGCUGCAUGCAACUGCUUGAAACAAGCAGCUGGUGCUAUUUCAGGUUUGAAUACAGCUGCAGCUUCUGCUCUCCCUGGCAAAUGUGGUGUUAACAUUCCAUACAAGAUCAGUACCUCUACCAACUGUGCUACCAUCAGGGCUUGAAGAUGAUGUUGCAGCUUCAAAUUAUGCAAACUUUUCAUUAGUAUAUGAGAGUGUCUUCAAUGCUAUUAAGAAUAAAAAUGAGAGUGGUGGAGGCUCAUGCUAUGUAUGGCUCUAUCCUCUUACUAGACUUGUUGAAUAGUCCCUUAUUGUGGCAUUGUAUGAAUUACAAUUAUGUAGUGAAAUAUAUACUCUUAUUUAAUCGGGUUUUUAUAUCGGUUAUCUCAA